AUCGAAUUUUAUAUUUUUGAGAAAAAAUAAUGGCUGGAACGGUUAUUUCUAACAGAUUACCGCCGAAUAUAGAUAUUACUAAAGCUCCUUUAGCUUAUGGACAACGAGCACUCCCGAAAUUGGUUAGUACGAGUCUGUGAAUUCUUGUUUUGCGCGAUCGUUCAUGUCUAUGCAUGGUUUUAUAUUUGCGAAAUUUUUGUUUUUUAUUGUUGUUGUUUGUUGCAGAACCGAGAGUUGAACGGUGAUGAUUUAUUGACAAAGCAUAGAGCUUUGAUGUCGUUAUGUGAUAUACUACACGAUCCCGAGAAUAUUUCUCAAGCGUUACGAGUGGGUAAGAUAUAUGGAUCGAUGCAGGAGGGAUUAGAUGUUUUUAUACAUAAUUUUAUAAAUAGACCUAUUGCGAAAAAUGCAACUAUCGAGAUUUUUGACAUGAAGAAAAGUUCUGAUGUUUACCCAUACAAUGUAUAAUGGCAGCCUUGUUGGUUAGAGCGCUGCACCGGAAUUGGUGUAGAGUUGACACAGAAUGCACCCUGGGUUCAAUAUUCCUGCCAGAGGUUCAAUGGGUGCAUUUUUAUAUUAUUCUGGCUAUAUGUGGGGCAAGACGUUUCCAUCCCACCUAGCCGGAAAACUCCCCCUGGUGGGAUGGCAUGUUUAUAUGGACAAAACAUUGCUGGGAUGAAGCAGGAAUUCACACCUUUCUUGUUCCAGCUAAGGCAUCCCGGUAGUAGAUGCUGCCGGGAUCCGGCCUGCCCAGGCGGAGUAUGACCAGGAUAUAUUACAAGCAGGACCUCAGUGACCGUCUUAUCCUGCCUAGCCAGGCUCAUUUAACCAUCACAAGUGUUUAUUCUGAUCAAUUCAUGUUUCUAACUACAGGUAUUGUAUCAAGUUUAAAAAAACUGUUAUCAGAUAUCGACGCAACAGUCCGGCACAAGACAACAGAAGUUCUAUACAUCAUAGCAGGUCAUGCGUCAGGAAGAGACGCAUUCCUCGAGCACAAAAUUAUAGUACCUUUAUCAAAAUUGGUAGGUUGAACAUUAUCAGCAAUUGGCUACCAUCCGAACUCAUCUCUUUACUGCUAUUUUUCAACGCAUGUCUCAAUUGCAAUAGCUGUUAAUCUUUUAUACUCCGUCAAAUCGAAACACAGAGUGAAUGGGUGAAUGCACUGUUAUACCCUUUAAUAUUUGUAUAUUUCUCAGUUCGAUGAUGUAGUGUAUGAAUCAAGAAGAAAUUCUCAGAAAGCAAUAGAGAUGCUCUCACACACAAGCAACGGACAAGACGGGAUUGUUGAGGCUGGAUUGGUUCCUACUUUAGUGGAAAAACUAAUGGAGGAAAAUGAUGAGAUUAAGGUGAAGGAAAAAUAAAUUUAACCCAUUAAGGGGCAGCACUCUUCUCCCCCUGAGGAGUAAAAUUGUCUGCUGUUAGACAGAGUAAAAUACUAAAGUAGGGUGCAUCAGGGUGCAUUGCCACUUAAAGGGUUAAGAUUCCUGCAUGGGCAGUUUGUUUGGUUAACCCAUUGAGUGGCAGCAAGUAAAAUCAUCUGGCGUUAGACAGAGUAAAAUACUAAAGUAGGGCGCAUUGCCACUCAAAGGGUUAAGAGGGUGCAUGGACAGUUUGGUUAACCCAUUGAGUGGAGCACUCUUCACUUGACAAGUAAAAUCGUCUGGUGUUAGACAGAGUAAAAUAGUCUGGCAUUAGACAGAGUAAAAUACUAAAGUAGGGCCAUCUGGGCGCAUUGCCACUUAAAGGGUUAAAGAUGGAAGAAAUUAGUCAAUAAAGAUAUCGAAACGAGAUACGACAGUUUACACAUGUCUUUCAUUUCCAGGGCGUUGUACUGGACACACUGCAUUACUGUAUGAGAGUGAAUACUGAAGACGCAUUGAAAAGCAAUGGCAUGGAAGUGUUUGUAGGAUUGUUGUCACAUGAGUUGCCUGUGAUACGAAGCAAAGCUGCUAGAGAUAUUAUGGAUUUAAGGUAGUCUUGGAUGUUCAAAAGCUUUCUCCUGUGUUGGUGGCACGUACCGGUACAGCGAUCGUCUUUCCUCCUGUAGUAACACUGGAUCAAUAAGAAGGAGAACAGUUUAGAACUGAUAGAGCCAUCUAGUAUAAAUAAAGUUAGUUUAGUUUAGGUUUCCUCCUGUAGUAACACUGGAUCAAUAAGAGAUGAUCC